CCUUCGGCUCCAUCGGGGUGGUGUUCUUCUUCAAGUAAGACUAUGUACACUCUGCUUCCUUCUCUGAGACAGCCCAACACCAUGACCACGUACGCCAGGCUAGUGCGCUUCGUGCCUGCCUCGGCGCCAUCGUCGCAGCCUCUCAUCGGGGAGCCCUGUGACGAACUUCUUGAUGUCGGCCUGGCCGCCCACGGCUCUCAGCCCAUUGAAGUCGAGGUCUUUUCUGGCAGCUCCAUCCUCCAGCCAGGGCAUAGAACAGGCAAGAAGGAGCAUGUGAAGACGCUCUUGAGCCCUCUGGCCGCGGUUGAAGUCGGGACAAUCCGUUGCAUCGGCUUGAACUACUUGAGCCACGCCAAGGAGAUGAACCUCGCGAUUCCUCCAGCACCGAUUCUCUUCAUGAAGCCGAGCACGUCGCUUGGUGAUCCCUGGCCCGCCAAGACGGUGAUCCCCAAGGCCACAGCGGCAGACAACGCAGCAGACUACGAGUCAGAGGUCGCCAUUGUGCUCGGCAAGACAUGCAAAGACGUGUCGGAAGCCGAGGCUAUGGACCGCUUCCUCGGCAUCACGGCGUCCAACGACGUCUCCUCGCGUGUGGUGCAGUUCGCGCAAAGCCAGUGGUGCUUCUCCAAGUCAUUCGACGGGGCAUGCCCCAUCGGGCCAGCCUUCGUGCACAAGAGCCAGAUCAAGGACCUGGGCGAGGUGCGGAUCACCGGCAGCCUGAACGGCAAGGUUGUUCAAACCGGCAAGCUUGACGACCUCAUCUUCUCCAUUCCAAAGAUCAUCUCUUUCCUUUCGCAGGGCACGACAUUGCCCGCGGGCACGCUGAUCUUGACAGGCACACCGGUGGGCGUCGGCUGGAGCCGGCAGCCACGUCUGGUGCUCGGUGACGGCGACGAGUUCCGCGUUCGAGUCUCGCACAGCGUAGGGACACUGAUCAACUCAGUCGCUGUAGAGCACUAGACAUACUGUGGAGCUAUUCGUCGCACAGCCAAAAGGAGGGGAGCGAGGUGGAAAGUGGCUCCCCGGUUGGUCCUCGCUGUCUCACCAUGCACGCGAGGCUGACGAGGAGAAGCGCGAGGGGGAAGACUAUGCUGAGAAUGAGUAGAUUCUCUGUCGCCUUUGUGUUCUUGCUAUUAGUCGAGAUUGCGACGACUGAGAUAACG